GACCAAUUUCUAGUAUUGUUUUAUAUUUCGUCCUUCGGUUUAUAUUGAUCUGAAGCCAUAAAAAUUCGAUGUUGUGUAAAGAAGUUAUUAAAUAAGCGCCGCACUCAAAGAGUGACAAUAAGAGGUGCGUUGAGUGGCCAUUAAAAUACCCAAAAAAUAAAAAAGAAUGAUAAGUAACACUGUCAUCGAGCAGUGUUGCUUCUAUUUCAACAAACUCACCUCUUUGGACACAUGGAAAAGGAUACAAUGGAUGAACAAAAAGGCCCCACCGCAGGAAGCUUACAGACCGACACCCAUCGAACACAUUGCCAACGUUGUCACCCACGGCGUAUGGGUCAUACCUAGCGUCCUCGCCACCCUUGAACUACUUGAACGAUCUCGAAAUGGUGCUCAAACCAUGUCGGCGCUGGUUUAUGGGGCCACACUUGUGUUUCUCUUCAGCGUUUCGACGUCGUUUCACUGCUCCUUUUUCUGCAACCAGCGCGGAAAGCUCAAAGAUGUCCUCCACCGAUGUGAUAGGGCUAUGAUUUACGUGUUCAUAGCCGGCUCAUAUUUCCCCUGGCUGACCCUCGAGCAGCUCCCUCAGGACGGCUGGGCUUCCUUCAUGAAUUGGUUUGUCUGGCUGUUGGCCCUUUUAGGCAUAAUUUAUCAACAGACGUUCCACGAGAAAUACAAAACUUUGGAAACUUGCUUCUAUCUAAUUAUGGGGAUUGGCCCCGGCUUAUUACUAAUUUCAGAGCACGAAUUUUCCGGACUGACGGAGCUAAAAAUCGGCGGUGCUCUCUACGUAAUGGGGGUGAUGUUUUUCAAAAGUGAUGGAAUUAUCCCUUGUGCUCACGCAAUUUGGCAUUUAUUCGUCGUAAUGGCCGCAGGGGUGCACUAUUACGCCAUUCGGAAUAAUUUGUAUCCAGUUAACACCUUUUUGUUGAAAAAUUAAGUAAUACUCGAAAGCGUGACGUCUUCCGCUGAAUUAUUUUAGCGUCGCUUUUGUUGUGCAAUAAAAACUGCUCAAAUUUGGUCUUCAGAAUACUCAUCAGUGUCGGAUCAAUUUAAGUUGGCAACGCCGAAUAACAAGAGAGUUUGUUGCCAACUUAAUUUCAAACUGUGGCGCCGAAAUGUACCUAAAAUGGUAACAGAGGAGUCAAGUUUUAAUACUAUUUUAGGUUCGUUUCUUCAACCGAUCUUGUGAUUGUAUACAAUAAAUAUCUCGUUUAUCAGUGAUGUACUCUUCCAAAGAAGCUCCACUAUAAUUAUUAUUGUAAAUAAAAAAAUCGUAUAUGUAAA